AUGGCCGUCCACGCCGAGGGGAUCGUGGCUAUAGUGAUCUUCUACUUGCUGAUUCUGGGCGUGGGGAUAUGGGCCGCGUGGAAGAACAAGAACUCAGGGGUGUCGGAGGGCCAGGACCGCAGUGAAACCAUCAUGGUGGGCGGGAGGGACAUUGGGUUGUUUGUCGGUGGAUUCACUAUGACCGCUACAUGGGUAGGCGGCGGCUACAUCAACGGGACGGCGGAGUAUGUCUACCUGCCUGACUUCGGCCUGGCCUGGGCACAGGCUCCCUUCGGAUACGCCCUCAGUCUGGUAGUAGGUGGGCUGUUCUUCGCCAAGCCCAUGCGCUCCCGGGGAUACGUCACCAUGCUGGACCCGUUCCAGCAGAUAUACGGGAAGCGUAUGGGGGGGCUGCUCUUCAUUCCGGCGCUUAUGGGGGAGAUUUUCUGGUCCGCUGCCAUCUUGUCAGCGCUGGGAGCUACUCUGAGUGUGAUCGUGGACAUUGACAUCAACAUGUCAGUGGUGAUCUCAGCCCUAAUAGCUAUCUUCUACACCCUGGUGGGAGGGCUGUACUCUGUAGCCUACACUGACGUGGUCCAACUCUUCUGUAUCUUCCUGGGACUGUGGGUCAGUGUGCCAUUUGCCCUGUCCAACCCAGCCGUGUCAAGCAUCAGUGUGACAGCUAAAGAGGCUGUGUACCAGACACCCUGGCUGGGUAAGAUAGACUCAGCAGACACCUGGAUGUGGAUCGACAACUUCUGUCUUCUGAUGUUGGGGGGGAUACCGUGGCAGGUGUAUUUUCAACGGGUUCUCUCUGCCUCUUCAGCUACCUACGCCCAGGUACUGUCCUUUAUUGCUGCCGCAGGCUGCCUGGUCAUGGCUGUCCCCUCCGUUCUCAUAGGAGCUAUAGGAGCCUCCACAGACUGGAACCAGACUACAUAUGGGGCAAUUCCUCCCAAAGAGAAGGACCAAUCAGAUAUGAUCCUGCCCAUCGUGCUGCAGCACUUGUGCCCACCCUGGAUCUCCUUCUUUGGUCUGGGAGCGGUGUCUGCUGCUGUGAUGUCAUCAGCUGACUCCUCCAUUCUAUCUGCCAGUUCCAUGUUCGCCAGAAACAUCUACCAGCUGGCCUUCAGACAAUCUGCGACAGACCGUGAGAUCGUGUGGGUGAUGCGUAUCACCAUCUUUGUGUUCGGCGCUCUUGCCACCGCCAUGGCGUUGCUAACGGGGACCGUGUAUGGCCUGUGGUACCUGAGCUCCGACCUGGUGUAUGUUAUCAUCUUUCCCCAGCUGCUCAGCGUGCUCUUCAUCAAGGGAACCAACACGUACGGCUCGGUGGCCGGCUAUGUCUUCGGUCUGCUGCUGCGUAUCGGGGGAGGAGAACCCUACCUCAAACUACCCCCCUUUAUCUACUACCCCGGCUGGGUGCAACAGGAGAAGAUCCACCACCUGACUGGAGACGUGGAGUACUUCAUCCAGCAGCGCUUCCCCUUUAAAACGGUCUCCAUGCUGGCCUCCUUCCUGGGUAACGUGGCCUUCUCCUACCUGCUCAAGUACCUGUUUGAGUCUGGGACUCUGUCUCAUAAGUAUGACUUCAUGGAUGCUGUGGUGUCCAAACACAGUAAGGAGAUCAUGGACAAGACCACGCUGGUCAGUAGUGACAACAUCAUCCUGUCGGAGAUGGAGCCGGUCAAAACGCGCCUCAGCAACGCACUGGCCGGGACAUUUACGAACACAGAGGCUCUCAGUGACGAUGAGGAGUCCAGCCCCGAGUCCUUAAACAACGACCAUGAGUAG